CCAGGGACUCGCGGACCGCACAGACCGGCCAGGCGCGCUGGGCAUGCUCAGUCGCGGGGCGCCGGGCUCGCCAGUCGGAAGCCAGUGCUCAGCCGAGCCGGCCGGGGCGCACCGAGAGCGCGCCGCACUCGCAGCUGCAGCGGCGGCCCGGCCGCGGCGCAUCCGGGCGGGGACUCGAGGCGAGUCCCACGCGGUGUCCCAGAGCCGCCGGCAGCGGCGCCCGCUCCAGAAAGGCAGAGCGACCCAGGGGCCAGUGGCGCGACUGGCGUCGGCGGGGCGCUGACGCUCCGCGGCGGCUACCUAGGAGUCGCCGCCCGCCCCGGCCGGGCCGGGUCCGGGAGCCGUCGGACAUGGAGCCUUGGAAGCAGUGCGCUCAGUGGCUCAUCCACUGCAAAGUGCUGCCCGCCAACCAUCGGGUGACCUGGGACUCGGCUCAGGUGUUCGACCUGGCGCAGACCCUCCGCGAUGGAGUCCUGCUCUGCCAGCUGCUCAACAACCUGCGGCCACACUCCAUCAAUCUGAAGGAGAUCAACCUGAGGCCCCAGAUGUCCCAGUUUCUCUGUCUGAAGAAUAUCCGGACAUUUCUGGCCGCCUGCUGUGAUACGUUUGGAAUGAGGAAAAGUGAACUUUUUGAGGCAUUUGACCUAUUUGAUGUUCGAGACUUCGGAAAGGUUAUAGAGACAUUAUCGCGGUUAUCCCGAACACCAAUAGCAUUGGCCACAGGAAUCAGGCCGUUCCCUACAGAAGAGAGUGUAAAUGAUGAAGACAUCUACAAAGGCCUUCCUGACUUAAUAGAUGAAACCCGUGUGGAGGAUGAAGAGGACCUUUACGACUGUGUGUACGGUGAGGAUGAAGGCGGAGAAGUCUACGAAGACUUGAUGAAGGCGGAGGAAGCCCAGCAACCUAAAUCACAAGAAAAUGAUAUACGGAGUUGUUGCCUAGCAGAAAUUAGGCAGACAGAAGAAAAAUACACAGAGACGUUAGAGUCAAUAGAAAAGUAUUUCAUGGCACCAUUGAAAAGAUUUCUGACAGCGGCGGAAUUUGAUUCAGUAUUUAUCAACAUUCCUGAUCUUGUAAAAGUUCAUCGGAGCUUAAUGCAAGAGAUUCACGAUUCCAUUGUAAAUAAAGAUGACCAGAACUUGUAUCAAGUUUUUAUUAACUACAAGGAAAGAUUGGUUAUUUAUGGACAAUAUUGCAGUGGAGUGGAGUCAGCCAUCUCUAACCUAGACUACAUCUCUAAGACAAAAGAAGAUGUCAAACUGAAACUAGAGGAAUGUUCAAAAAGAGCCAAUAACGGGAAAUUUACCCUGCGAGAUUUGCUGGUAGUUCCUAUGCAGCGUGUGCUGAAGUAUCAUCUCCUCCUUCAGGAGCUGGUCAAACACACCCACGACCCCAUGGAGAAGGCAAACCUGAAGCUGGCUCUGGAUGCAAUGAAGGACUUGGCACAAUAUGUGAAUGAAGUGAAAAGAGAUAAUGAGACCCUUCGUGAAAUUAAGCAGUUUCAGCUAUCUAUAGAGAACUUGAACCAACCAGUUUUGCUCUUUGGACGACCACAGGGAGACGGUGAAAUCCGAAUAACCACACUGGACAAGCAUACGAAACAAGAAAGGCAUAUCUUCUUAUUCGACUUGGCAGUGAUUGUCUGUAAAAGGAAAGGGGAUAACUACGAGAUGAAAGAAAUAAUAGAUCUCCAGCAGUACAAGAUAGCCAACAACCCUACCACUGAUAAAGAGAAUAAAAAGUGGUCCUAUGGCUUCUACCUCAUCCAUACCCAAGGACAAAAUGGGUUAGAAUUUUAUUGCAAAACAAAAGAUUUAAAGAAAAAAUGGCUGGAACAGUUUGAAAUGGCUUUAUCCAACAUAAGGCCAGACUAUGCCGACUCCAAUUUCCACGAUUUCAAGAUGCACACCUUCACUCGGGUGACAUCCUGCAGGGUCUGCCAGAUGCUCCUGAGGGGAACAUUUUAUCAAGGCUAUUUAUGUUUUAAGUGUGGAGCAAAAGCACAUAAAGAGUGUUUGGGAAGAGUAGACAAUUGUGGCAGAGUUAAUUCCAUUGAACAAGGGCCAUUCAAACCACCAGAGAAACGGACCAACGGACUUCGGAGACCUUCCAGACAGGUGGACCCAGGUUUGCCGAAGAUGCAGGUUAUUAGGAACUACACCGGCACCCCGCCCCCAGCUCUUCAUGAAGGACCACCAUUGCAUAUCCAGGCAGGGGACACUGUUGAACUUCUGAGAGGAGAUGCACACAGUGUGUUCUGGCAGGGACGAAACUUAGCUUCAGGAGAGGUUGGAUUUUUCCCAAGUGAUGCUGUCAAACCAUCUCCAUGUGUACCUAAACCAGUAGAUUAUUCUUGCCAACCCUGGUAUGCUGGCCCAAUGGAAAGACUGCAGGCAGAAACUGAACUUACUAACAGGGUGAAUAGUACUUACCUUGUGAGGCACAGGACCAAAGAGUCUGGAGAAUAUGCAAUUAGCAUUAAGUACAAUAAUGAAGCAAAACACAUCAAGAUUUUAACAAGAGAUGGCUUUUUUCACAUUGCAGAAAAUAGAAAAUUUAAAAGCUUAAUGGAACUUGUGGAGUACUACAAGCACCAUUCUCUUAAAGAAGGGUUCAGGGCCUUAGAUACGACGCUACAGUUUCCAUACAAGGAGCCAGAACAGCCAGCUGGACAGAGGGGUAAUAGAACAGGCAACAGCUUGUUAAGUCCCAAAGUACUGGGCAUUGCCAUCGCUCGGUACGACUUCUGUGCAAGAGAUAUGCGGGAGCUGUCCUUAUUGAAAGGAGACAUGGUGAAGAUUUACACAAAGAUGAGUGCAAAUGGCUGGUGGCGAGGAGAAGUGAAUGGCAGGGUGGGCUGGUUUCCAUCCACAUAUGUGGAAGAAGAUGAGUAAAAUCCAAUCCGGUGUUGACCCUUCAGUCAAAUCUCAGACAACAUAAACAGAAGCCUGCACGGCAUUAUGAGUUAACUGAAGUGUUUAAAAAGCAGCGUCCUUGGCUGUUCAACACCCUCUUUUUUCUCUUUCUAAGUCUUAACGCUGGGAUUUCUAAAGAUGCUGGUACUGACAGAUUAAUGGCUCGCCUAGAGCAGUGCAAGAAUCAGCCUGCCAGUCUGUCAUUGUCAGGAACCAGGGCAAAACCAACGGCUUUUCCUCCCCUGAAGAGUCCCGCAAACACAUCGGAUCAGCUUUCUCUUACUUCAUUGGGCCAGACACCAUGGAUCCAGCCAUUAAGAAACACUUCUUGCAUAUUUACUUUGUUCUCACAGUUUUUGAUGAUACAAAGAAACAGAAGUUUAAUUUUGCUUUUUCCCAGCAUGAAGAAAAAGUAGAGUCUGCCAUCUGGGAAAGAUCCAGCCUGCUGGAAAGAUCCAGCAUUUCUCGUCUUAAAUUGUUCAACAGGUGACUCACUGCCUGGCAAACACUUUUAUCCCCAGAUGUUACUCAUGAUAAGAUAAAAGAGGCUCAUGCUCAGGUUUGCAUCAUAAGUGAUAAAUUACAGAGAGGGUUUUAAUUAUUCAUUUGAUGUCCUGAUUAUAUUUCCACACUUCUUUAUAAAGAAGAAAAAGAGAAGCACAUGAAAGGAAGUGUCUUUGUAUUAAAGCCUCACAGCUUUUGUGAUUUCAUAGGGUGUUUUGGAAAUGUCAUGCUUGACAAAGGGAAUCAUGGCCGGGCAGAUCAUGCUUGGUUGCCAGGAAUCCCAGAGAGGUAGAGGUGUUUACAGAGACAGAUCAAAUGCUGUAAUGAGUCCAUAAGACAUCAUCGUAUAGCUGCAAUAGCUAUUAACACAAGCCUUUUCCUUCUCUCUAGAAAGAGUUGAGGAGCAUUUAGGAUUUGUUUUUUUUUUCCCCCAGUAGAUAAAGACCAGGGCAAGCAGUUUAUAUAAGCAUCAAACAUUUCCAGAAGCUCGCAAUCCCACUUGGAAAGACUGGGACAGAGUACCUCUGUUUUUCAUCUACAUCCUGACCUACAAAACAUAAUAUGCUGAACCCCGUAUUGCCCUGAUGUGUUCAUUUGUGAGCUAGUGGAUUCAAGCCCUGUUUAAGAGAGAGCCGGGGUAUAUUUGCCGAUUUCCAAUUUUUUUUUAAUAGUAGCACUAUUAAAAGAGCUUUAUUGAGGAUUUGGGAAGACAGGCACACUGGUCCUUCAUUCUUUCUGAGACAGAUGGGAAGGUGCCUGAUGUCCGUGUUCCCCUGGCUCCUCUCUUCCCUUCUGAAGCCUUGCUAGCUAUGUCUUCAUCAGUAGGGAGAGCUACCUUGCAGCAUGUUUCUUUCUCUAACCUUUCACUGUGUUCCACGGGGAGUCUAAGUCUCUUCCUCCUGAGAUGCAUGGAGUCCCUAGCCGAGGCUGACAAGUUAAGAUACUAACUUGGCCCUUCCAUGCUAGAGUAGUUCUUUGGUAGCAGUAGCUGUGUUCUGACAAGAUUCAGAAAAUAUUUCUUCUUGGGGAAAAAAAAUAGAGGUAUUUUUAUCUUAAAAGUGAUCUAAACGCUUGUUUUGUACCAGAUUUUUUUUUUUUGGUCACCUCUGACAUGAAAGGGCUGAGACAACCUGUUCUCUCCCAUCUCACAGGAGUGCCAGAACCUGUUUGGUGGACACGUACAUAUUCCUGGAAGAGACCUCAGGGGGGCUAGGACUUCUCAUUUGAAUAGACUCAAGACCUUUACCUCAGAAUUAUGUAAACUGUGAUUGUGUUUUAGAAAAAUUUUGAGCUUUUGUAUAUGUGUAAAUGGUCAUGAAAAUGUAUUUUAUAAAGUGUCUGUACAGUCAACUUGUACUGGCAAGGUCUACUCUUGGAAUGGAUUCCUACCUAUAAGGUCUUAUCUGGGUCUUGCAGAUGUUUUGUCUGUUAGUGUCAGCAAGUGUUGCUAUGGAGAGUGCAGCUUCCCACAACUUGGAAGACUCCUGUGUACAGUAUUGUAGCAUGUAUUGUUGAUUUCAGUCAAUAGACUCCCUGCCUCACAAGUGGUAUGUGGUCUCCCUGUUGCAUUUCAUUAGCCUCAGAGUUUCCUAGCAGAGGAUACAGAGCCUCUUUUCAUGACAUUACCAGUGACAACUUUGUCUGCAGUUAAUACUUUGUAUUGGAGAUUUUAAAUGCCACGAUCUGUGUAGAUUUCUAAUACCAAAGACAGACGUAAAUGUUUUUCAUGGACAUUGUCUUGCCUGUCUGUAGCCCUUGUGUCAUAUGGUGAGUUAGAAUGGCAUUUUACUUUGUAAUAUUUUGUAAAUAUGUCAAUAAAAUAGAUACUACUUGCA